AUGGAGGAAAUUAUAGAAAACCUGAAUGAAGUAUUGAACGCAUUAUCAAUCGAUACGGAAACCAAGCAAUGUAAACAUCCAGCAUUCAUCGACAAAGCUUGCACAUGGUGCAAGAAAACCAAGGACGAAUGUGACAAUCCUAACACCAUACAACUCCGCUACCUCGAUCCCGAUUUUUCCGUCACUGAACAAGUGAUUACUCGGCUUCGAGACCUCGAUUUCGACACCCUCGUCAAACAAAAGAAGCUCCGUUUAGUUCUUGACUUGGAUAACACGUUAAUACACGCGUCGAACGUCGAACAAACCCUAGAUAAGGAAGAAGAUGAUGUGUACGAGAUUUUAUGGGGUAUGUAUUUGAUCAAGUUAAGGCCUGGAACCAUUGAUUUUCUCGAAAAGGCGAGUACGAUGUUCGACAUAUCGAUUUACACCAUGGCUCAGAAAAUCUAUGCGAAAGCGGUGGUUAAGUUGCUUGAAUCGAAGAUGAGUGAUGAGAAUUUUAGGUUUUCGAGGGUGGUUUGUCAAGGCCAGUAUACUAAGUCGGAUCGAAAGGGGCUUGAUAUUGAGUUGUCUCAUGAACGUGUGGUUUUGAUUGUGGAUGAUUGUCAAGAGGUUUGGGGUGAUGAAUAUAAGGCUAAUUUAAUUAAAAUUAAACCUUAUGUAUUUUUCAAUCAUAAGUGUCCUCUAGAGAAUAAUAAUGAUGAAGAUGAAGAACUUGCUAGGGUUUUGGAUGUUCUAAAGACGGUACAUAAUGUGUUUUAUGAUGAGAAUAAGGAAAUUGAUUAUGUUAGUAAGGAUGUUAGGGAAGUGCUUCAGAACAUCCAGCAUCGGUUCGAUGAUUGA